UGAGCCCACGAGCGUCGCUUCGCUAAAACCUCUCUCGCGCGUGCUAUUUUCGCGAAAGUCCCUCGCGAGCUUUUUCACGAGAAGCUUUCCUCGUUUACGAUGUUUCGCGGAGUGGAAGUCACCUAAAGGGAGUGUCCGGAUCGGAGUGUUUUCAGUGAUCGGUUCCGAAAGUGUGUCAAUCGAUAACCCCGAGUGUUUCCGGGUGUUACUCGAAGUGCAGUGGAUGUGCGAUUAGGAUUUUGAUGCUGCUCUCUCGUCGUUGAGGUUGUAAAAAAACGACAAAGAAGACAAGGAUCACACAACAGGCAUUGUGACCAUAGAAGAGGAAACGCGAAAGAAAGUGCAGAUAUUAGGGAGGUGAAAACUCAGGAAGAUCAGCUAGUGAAACUUUUGUGACGUAAUCCGACACUACGAUAAACAUGUUGAGCCGCGAAGAAACAAGGAUAUUCGUCAACAAAGGCGAUUCUAGGUGCAAGAUGAGAUGAUCCUUCGACAAAAUGUAAUUAGGGAGGAACAUUAGAAUAAUUUGCAUUAAAAUAUAGUGCUUGUGGUAAAAGUUACUUGCUACGUCAAUUUGCUCUUUAUCCGAUGACCAGAAGGCAUUUCCCUCACAUUCAUGUCUUCACUUUCUAUCGAAAAUUCGUCUUGUUUUUAUUCUAUUUCGAAUUUUCUCCUGGGUAAUUUGGAAUUCCGAAACACCCCAAAAAACUAAACACAAAAAAUAUAGAAAUCCUAUAACUGCUCAUACAAACCAGAUAGUCCCUAAAGUAGUCCUUAGGUCUUGACAAAUUACCAGUCAGUAGUGAAUUAAAUAGUUUAAUUUUUGUACCUGACCAUUUGUGAUAAUUAGUGUAGUUAGAAAUUUAUUAAAUUGAAAUCGAAGACGAAAAGUUGUAAAAGUCGGGUAUAUUGCAAUUAGAAACAAAUUAAAAUAAAAUCAACUCUCGGAUAACUUCAUCAAACUGAAAACAUAAAAGAAAAACUACCAAAGAGGUUUAGUAAGAAGUCGUCAAAAAAUAAACCUGUUACUCCUGAAACUGUUUUCUGAAGAAAAUCGCUAGUUAAUCGGAAACUCAUCGGUCAGCAAAAUGGUGCACAUCGGUACAGUUGUGAUCAGCGCCAUCAAAGCGGCGACAGGUCUGGUCGGUGGUGGGAAGUUCCUCUUUCUGCCUACCUUCCUAGGCGCGUUGCUCUACUACAACUACGAUCUGUACGACCCGGAGAAUCGGCCGAUCAACGAGCGGAAUCUGUACAAGGAAUAUGAUUUUAUCGUCAUCGGUGGUGGUUCCGCUGGGGCAGUCGUUGCCAACCGGUUGACGGAGGUGCCCGAAUGGAAUACGCUCUUGCUGGAGGCUGGUGGACAUGAGACGGAACUUACGGAUGUGCCGGUGCUGUCGUUGUACUUGCAUGGAAGUAAAUUCGAUUGGAAGUACAAAACGCAACCGCAGAGUACGGCCUGUGGCGCCAUGAUCGAUCGAAGGUGUCGUUGGACGAGAGGCAAGGUAAUCGGUGGAUCCAGUGUCUUGAACACCAUGUUAUACGUCCGUGGAAACAGGCGGGACUACGACAAUUGGGCGGCCAUGGGAAAUUACGGCUGGGACUACGAGAGCGUCCUCCCGUACUUCAAGAAAUCCGAAGAUCAGAGGAACCCGUACUUGGCUAAAGACACGCGCCAUCAUGCCACUGGAGGUUACCUUACCGUUCAAGAUUCGCCGUGGAACACUCCUCUAGGUCCAGCGUUCCUGCAAGCAGGCGAGGAGAUGGGCUACGACAUCCGGGACAUCAACGGGGAGAAGCAGACGGGCUACGCGUUCUACCAGUUCACGAUGCGGCGGGGCUACCGCUGCUCCACGGCCAAGGCCUUCCUCAACCCGAUCCGCCUCCGCCGGAACCUCCACACGGCCCUGUGGAGCCACGUCACCAGGAUCCUCAUCGACCCGGCCACGAAGCGGGCCUACGGCGUGGAGUUCAUCCGCGACGGCACGAAGCAGACCGUCCUCGCCAAGAGGGAGGUCAUCCUCUCCGCUGGCGCCAUCAACUCGCCCCAGCUGCUCAUGUUGUCAGGUGUGGGUCCAGCUCAGCACCUGGCUGAAAAAGGCAUCCCGCUGAUCCACGACUCCCCCGGCGUGGGUCAAAACCUCAUGGACCACAUCGCCGUCGGCGGCCUGGUCUUCCUUCUCGACCACCCUAUCUCCCUGGUCAUCGGCCGAAUCUUCAACAUCCACGCGGCCGUCCGUUACGCCGUCCUGGGCGACGGCCCCCUCACCUCCUCCGUCGGCCUGGAAACCGUCGCCUUCAUCACCACCAAAUACGGCAACGUCACAGACGACUGGCCCGACAUCGAGUUCAUGCUCACGUCAUCCUCAACCGUCUCCGACGGCGGGACCAUGGUCCGGAAAGCCCACGGCCUCCGGGAGGAAUUCUACGACGAGUACCUGGGUGACAUCACCAACCGCGACGUAUUUGGUGUCUUCCCUAUGAUCCUCCGACCUAAAAGCCGUGGAUACUUAAAGUUACGCAGCAAGGACCCACUUCAAUACCCGCUGCUGUACCACAACUACCUCACGCACCCGGAUGACGUCAGAGUCCUGCGCGAGGGUGUCAAAGCCGGGUUGGCCAUCGGUGAAACCGAGGCUAUGAAGCGCUUCGGUGCUCGGUUUCAUUCCCGACCUGUUCCGGGUUGUAAGAAAUUCACGCCGUGGACGGACGAUUACUGGGAUUGCGUCAUCCGGCAGUACACGAUGACGAUCUACCACAUGUCGGGGACGGCAAAGAUGGGCCCGGCCACGGAUCCAGGCGCCGUUGUGGACCCCAAGCUCAGGGUGUACGGCGUCCAGGGGUUGAGGGUCAUAGAUGCCUCUGUGAUGCCGGCCAUCACGUCCGGCAAUAUCAACGCGCCGGUCAUCAUGAUCGGAGAGAAGGGGGCCGACAUGGUCAAGGCCUACUGGCAGGGGGUUGGCUACGCCAAUGAGAAUAGGAAGAGGCGGAGGCGGCGUAGGAGGAGGCGGGCGCUUGCCACGAAGUAUAACUCCCCGGCGCUUGUCAGACCCGCGAGGUUUGAUUCUCGAUUCCGGAAUGAGACCGGGUGCUAGGGAAAGCCACGUUGUCGGAGAGGGAAUGAAACCUCCCACUUACUUUGCCUCUGCAGACUGAUUAUUGAAAUUGAUAGACAAAUUGAUAGAG